ACUCGAGUGAAUUGAAUUCUCCGUUCGUGUUUCAGUUUUCAAGCAUACAGCGGGGAGUGCUGCGUGAGAUAAAAUUAUUGCUUUUAACGUAUUUCGAAUGAUUCGUUUGUUUUGUAAACAAAAUCGAGUGUCGCCUGCUAAAGUGCAUUGCGGAUGAUGGCGCGGGGAGAAUAUAGCACAUUUUUUGCAUUCGUUCUAUGAAAGCAUCUAUCACAUUGCCGAUUGCAACACAUUUUUAAAAUCGUUUUCCGCAUGUAACGUACUCAACAGCAGUAAUUCAACGAAGAAUGGAUCAUCAAUUUACAAUACGGAUUUAAAUGAAUUGGCCAUUUGAAAUUUAGUGAUCAGUGAUGAAUAAGUCUGUGAAAAUAAUGCAUGAAAAAUAUUAUGAGUGUAGAAUUUGGUCGAAUCAUGUAAUAAUCUUCGUGCGAAAUUGAUAAUACGAAGGGCAGUGAAACCUAAUCAUCGAAAUUUGUGAAUAUAUUUGGAGAAAUGAGUUACCUGAGGUUGGAUUGAGUGUGUUUAAACUAUUCUAAAAACGUGUAAUAAUAAGAUAUGGCUGAAUCUAACGCUAAGCUAUAACUGUUAGUCAAUGGCAGAAAUGUAACAAAGAAAUAUGCGGUAUUGAAUACAAAAAUAGCUGACAAGACCUGUUUACGACUCCUACUUCAGUGUAAAAGUUUUUAUUCGCAUAAAAAUGGUAUUGGAGCACCAAGGAAUGUUGCAGAAUCUACAAACUCUCGGCUCCCAACCGGCACUGCAACUUUACGCAGCAGCAGCGGCGGCGCAAUUGACACCUAGGAACCGUGUACCGCAAUGGGCUCCAUUUCUGCAGUUUGGAGUACCCGGCGUUUUCGGCGGACCGUUUCUAACAAGGCCUCGCUUUGGUCCGCCAGGUGCACCUCAGAGUUUAGCUGCCUUAAGUGGAUUAAACAAUAUCAACAAUAAUACACAUCAAAGCAUAUCACCACAACGAGCAAUACAGGGUCCUCCUAGUGAAGACUCCAACGAUGAUAGAGGAUCUGCAGCCGACGGAGACGACGAAAGCAGUGCAUCUAAGCGUAGGAGAUCGAGAACAAAUUUCAACUCAUGGCAAUUAGAAGAAUUAGAACGGGCAUUUGCUGCAAGCCAUUACCCAGAUGUAUUUAUGCGAGAGGCUUUGGCGAUGCGACUAGAUCUAAAAGAAAGCAGAGUGGCGGUAUGGUUUCAAAACCGAAGGGCGAAAUGGAGGAAAAAAGAGCAUACAAAGAAAGGCCCAGGUAGACCCGCGCAUAAUGCUCACCCUCAGUCAUGUUCCGGAGAACCCAUCCCUCCCAAUGAAUUACGAGCGAGAGAAAAAGCGCGUCGACGGAAAAAGCUCGCAAAAGCUCUGGAGCGCCAGGCGAGGAAGUUGCGAGCAAAGGGCAUCACCGUUGAUCUAGACGUACUUAAGGCAGAAUACCUUUCCCAGCAUCGAAAUAACUCCAGCUCAGACAGCGAGGGUGGAGUUGACGAUGACGAUGAUGAAGACCCAAUCGAUGUAGUCGGCGGAGGAGAAUCCAAUGAAACACCAGAAGACUGUUUAAUAAAAAGGCGCGACAGUAUUGAUGACGCUCUAGAUGAGAAUACUGACACACAUAGAAAUAGUAUGAGGCCAAACCCAUUUAGCAUAGAAUCACUACUAUACAAUAGUACGUGAAAUGACACUACAAGCUAAUAUAGUUUCCUACCAAUACCUUAUUUCAGAUGCUACCAUUGUGUACAAGAAUUGAAUAAUUUAAGUUAUUAAAUGAAAUGAUUUUGUUACAUGCCGUAUUUCCUGUGACAUAUUCAAUAAUCGAAAUU